AUGGUUUCAUUCGAAUUCAACUCGAACGAUAGUGUAACAACAACAAAGAUAAAUGAAUUAUUCAGGCUAUUAAUCAUACUUCUAAUCUUGAUCGUGAAUAAGAACUGGUCUAAUGUCAUAAACACGAAGGAUGAAGAUGACAGUUUAUACCAAAAGUUUUUGGGCAUGAAUUCGAAUCUGGUAAACGCGUUAUUCGAUACCUAUUUUGCUUUCCCGCGUUCGACGAGGCCCAGUAGAGAGGUACUCAAAGCAAAAUAUGGACAUUUUUUAGAUACAAAGGAUGUGAACAAAGUGAUAUCGUCGUUUGAUUCUGGAAAUGCGGGUGGAAAUUCUUCAGAUCAUAAUAAACAAUUGUUUGAGAAUAUGGUGCCCUCGAAUUUGAUUGAUGCUUUUAUAUUGAUGGAGAUGGGGGAUGAAGGAAACAAUAGCAUUCUUACUACCGAGUCGUAUAUCAACAGAGCCUUGCCGCUAACAACUUUCCCGGAGAGUUCGUUUGUUAUAACUUGCAUAAAUAACAUGGUCCCCCCUUACAAUUAUUCGAGGGCAUAUAAAAUUAAAAAAUUGAUGAGACCAAAUAAUUUACAAUAUCGUAUGAACAAUGAAACCGGCCACUCCCAUGACUUAUCCAACCCAUUUUUGUCUGCCAGUAAAGACACCAAAAUUAAGUUAAAAAAAUUUGCCGAUUCUAUCAAGAAAAAAAUACAUACUUACCAUGAGUUGAACUAUCGAGGAAACGAUGACGCUGAUAAAAAGAAAAUUCGCUUUCCGCUCAAUCUAAAUCAUAUUUUAAAAAAUUUCCCCAAGAAUCAUGUCAAAUACAAAAUUAGCCCUAUAAACAUCAUAGAUUCCACUAUGGCCCUCAAAGAGGAAAAAACUGAUAACGAGUUUCAACAGCAUAUAAACGUUAAGACCUCUGCAAAUUACCUAAAUUUGAUUUCGUCUGGAUUCUUAGAUCAUGUUAUCAAGGCUCACACCUUAACAUUUGCUGUAACUAUUCCCUCAAUAGUGAAAAUUGAGGAGGUAAAUACUACCACACAUUCUCAUUCCACACCCGCAUACUUAAUUGAUGUAACUAUUAAAAGGUCAAUAGAAAAUUACAUCAAUACCGAACCACCCUAUAGUAGAGGUGACAAAAUUUACAAUUUUAAUAUCCUUCUCAAACACAUGUCUCGCAAUAAAGUGUUGCUACAACGCUUGAGAAAGCUACAUAGAAUCGAGCGAAAACUACGCAAAAAUAUGAAAAAAAUUUCUAAAAUUAAAGCAAGGCGUCGGAUAUCAACUCCGUAUUCUCUACAUAACAGAAAUAAUUGCGUAAAAAAACUUAGACAAUGUAAAAGUAGAUUGUCUUUGAGAAGAUUUGUGGGUAAAAAGUUGCACUUACCGGUCUCUAAUAGAAUCCUUUCUGAUUCCAACGAUUCUAAUGUUACGACUGUUUUACCAAUUUUGAUGAGCGUAAGCUUAACUGAUUUUAAUUCGACAAAGGUUUCAAAUUUUACUAUUCCAUUUUUGACUAUUACCAAUAACUCCUCUAUUUACUUCACUUUGAAUGAUCAAGUUAUACCCAUAAACAGUUCAACAAAUAACAUCACUCAAAAUGGUUCAAUUUCUACAAACAAUAGUGUUACUAUGCCCUCCACCUCAAACUCUACGAGUAACCUUGCCUUAGAGGCUAAAGAUUCUAACAUCACUAAAACCAGUGUUAUAUCCAAACACAUAUCUUUUCGUCCCAGUUUAACAUUAAACACCACAAUUACUAUUACGUCUUUUAGUAAACUUGCAAAGUCACCCAACCAUUUGAAAAUUCUAAACAUUCCCCUGACAACAAGAGCGGAUACUGAUAGCAAGCGACCUGGUCAUAAUUUGUUGGAUGAAAACCAUGGUCUUGUAUAUGACGUUUAUGUUGUAGAUACCCAAAAUAAUACCAGGUAUAAACGUACGAGAACAUUCAAAGAUCAGCUCGUAUGGCUGAACGGAAAAGCGGAGAUGGAUGAUCCAGGAAUUUAUAUAGUAGGCUGCACGAGUUUAUACAAGAAGCGGAACACGAGAUUCGCUUUAGAGAUGAAUUUUUCUGAACCCCUAACUAUAAGUGCCUUGACUAUGCAAGCCUGUCACAAUUGUUCUAUCGGAAAUAGGGUUAAACUAAACAUCUCUCUUGAAUAUACCUCGCAAUUUAUUAUCUCUUACAACUACGAUUGGAAGAAUAUGACGGAAUGGAAUUUUUUCAAUGAUCAGAAUGACAAUCUACAAAUUUUUCAUAACGUGGAAAAUGUAUCCAUCAAAAUACCAAUACCCUAUCAAAUUAACGGCUUAAGAAUAUUCCCCUGGGAUUGGAACUUGCAAUACAUUCCUAGAAUUAUUUUAAAAGGUUUGGAUGGCCAUUCCAAAUAUUUCUUAAAUUGAAAAGCAUAAUUGUGAACAAUCUUUAUUCCCUUACAGCUAAAAAUUUAGAUAUUUUGGUCAAUAUUUCGAAAUUCUUAAAUUAUUGAUAUUUAUAUUUUAUACUUUAUAAUUUAAAACU